AUGGCGACAAGUUUGACUUAUGAGAUGCCACACUUGGAAGUGGAAGAAUUUCCAAGGGUGGAAACUGUAAUAACAACGGUUACGGAAGUGAUUCGAGAAGAGUUGCCAAAGAUCGAUACUGUCGCUACUGUUGAAUUACAACGAAGAGACAAGUUCAGAGGGUCUGAAUUUUGUCUUCAGUUCUGGCUUGCCCUUGAGACUUUCUUUUGGCUUUCUCUUUUCAUCGUCGAAGUUAGAUAUCAAUUUAUUUUCAUGAGAAAUGAUCAUUUAUUGGAUUUCAUUAACGAAACCGACGGUUACUUCUAUUUAUUCUUUGGAGAAGAGUUACGUUAUGCUGACCAGAAAGUUCGAAGUAAGUAA